CCGUCGUCCUGUUCGGUCUAGCAUAGGCGCGUGAAAUUUCUCUGUUCCGGUGGCCGUGUGUCUGUCUUUUGGGGAGGUCACUGUGUGUAGCGUUUUUUGUGAGGCAGAGUUGGGGGUCGGUAGAUUCUUUCCAUAUUAGAGGAUCCUUUUGGGGCUCUGCAAAUCGGGAAGCGUCGAGUGUGGAGUGAGACGAAGCUCUGCUAGCCCCAGAGUCCUGGGGAUUUGUUCAGAGUGCAGAAGCAGAAGCAGCCAUCGAUGAUUUGGAUUGCAGUGCAAGUUGUUGGAUAUUACCCUGGUGGCUUGGGUAAAGUGUGAUCUUUAUGGAUCGGAAGUAAGGAAAGCGUUCGAUAGUGGUCAUUAUCGUUGAAACCGUUUGGAAUUACUUUAUCCAAUAGAGAAAAACCACGAAUCCCCUAUGAAAGAAAUGAUUUGCAAUUGUGCAGAGUGAAAAGAUAGAUGGUGUAAAUGGUGAUCUGUGAAAGUGAGUGCUCGUUGAAAAGGAUUACUUAGUUCUUAUGUGCUAGUGAAAAAUAUAUCACAUUCUGCAGCAGAAAUGGAUUUUGAAGCUGCAAACUGAAAUCACCAUCAACAACGAUGACAUGAUUACAGGGGAAGUGGAAAUUCCUUUCGAUUGGAGGAACACUUGAGCCCGUUCCUAGCGGAUAGGGUGUGUAAUCCUUAUCCGAAAAACCUCAAAACAUCAGUUCUCCCUAUCCAAUCGUAUAAACCCCUGAAUUGAGAGCGGAGUAGUUGCGAAAACUUGCUCCAAAAUGGCUGCCUUUGCAACAGGACUCAAAGAUCGCGCUGCCAACGUUUUCAGCGGAAUGGGCUUCGAGAAGUUCGAGAUGCCGAAGCACGGCUACGACCAGAUGGACGGCAGUGGGGUUCCCGGCGGCGGAGGAGGUCCCGGGGGAUACGAGGGCGGGGGCGUCGAUUCACCCCUAUCGUUCGAGGAAAUCGAACGACCACCACUGCGCCACAUCGACAAAUAUGUGAGGGCCGAAUGUCCCUGCAUCAAAACGACCCGAUACACGAUCGCCCUGAUGACCUGCCUCGGGUUCAUCAUUUCCUUUGGCAUGCGAUGCAAUAUGGGCAUGGCCAAGCUGCAGUUCGAGAAUGGGGAAGUCAAAUACAACUGGACCGUGGCCAUGGAGAGUGCCGUAGAUUCUUCCUUCUUCUGGGGCUACCUGGUAACGCAGGUACCCGGAGGAUUUCUCGCUUCCAUGUUCCCAGCCAACCGAAUUUUCGGUACUGCCAUCGCCUGUUCCUCGUUCCUGAACCUUCUGGUUCCCGGUGCCAUGAUGCUGCACCCGACCGUCGUCAUUCUGGUGCGAGUCCUUCAAGGUUUAGUUGAGGGAGUAACGUACCCAGCUUGUCACGGUAUCUGGCGCUUCUGGGCUCCUCCGCUGGAACGAUCCCGGCUGGCUACGAUGGCCUUCAGCGGUUCCUACGCCGGGGUGGUGAUAGGAAUGCCCAUGUCCGGAAUUCUAACCGGAUGGAUCAGCUGGCAUGCUCCGUUCUACUUCUAUGGGCUGAUGGGCAUCAUCUGGUACUGCUUCUGGCUGUGGUUGUCCUUCGAAAAGCCCCGGCAGCAUCCGACCAUCACGGUUAAAGAAAUGAAAUACAUCGAAAAGUCUCUGGGCGAGUCGGUAACGCUGCCGAUGCCAACGAUCGCCACGACGCCUUGGCGGGACAUGGCCACUUCCAUGCCGGUCUAUGCAAUCAUAGUGGCCAACUUCUGCCGCUCCUGGAACUUCUACCUGUUGGUGCUGUACCAAAGCGCAUAUCUUAAGCAUUCGUUUGAUUUCAAAAUUGAAGAGACUGGUAUAUUAGGAGCACUGCCACAUCUGCUGAUGACCAUCAUAGUUCCAUUUGGCGGUAUGUUGGCGGAUUAUUUGAGAAAAUCUGGCAUUAUGACCACCACCACGGUUCGGAAGCUGUUCAAUUGUGGCGGUUUCGGUUUAGAAGGGCUGUUCUUCCUGGUGGUAGCCCAUGCCACUAGCUCUAUGGGUGCCGUGACAGCCCUCACCUUGGGCGUUGCCUUCAGCGGUUUCGCCAUAUCCGGGUACAACGUCAAUCAUCUGGACAUCGCGCCCCGCUACGCCAGUAUCCUGAUGGGCAUGUCCAACGGCAUCGGAACCAUCGCCGGGCUGAUAUGCCCGAUUGCGAUUGACCAUCUCACGAGGGGACAGCCAAAAUCCUGUUGGUCUACGGUUUUCACGAUAGCCGCGACAGUCCAUCUGGUCGGAAUCACCUUCUAUGGGAUAUUUGCUUCCGGCGAGCUGCAACCCUGGGCUGAACCACAGGUCGAAGAGCAAAAAGCCUGGGAUCCGAUGGCCAGCGGCUACGAAAAGGAAACCACCUUCAACGACACCAGCGGAGGGGCAGCUCCCGGACCCGGGGCGGCCAUGUUGGAUCCGAACAGUGCUCGGCCUGCCGGAUACGGCGCAACGGCCCAACAUGUGGCCAACAAUCCGUUCGCUUAUCCGAAUGUAAUCAGCGAGGAAACCGUCCAACCGGAAGCCCGAGACACGUAUCUGCACGGAAAUCCAAACGAGCGCACAUAUUGACCUGUGUCUCCGGGAGGAUUUCGAAAGACGGUUACGUUCAGUGAGGAGUAGAUAGUGCUUUUCUUGAAGUUUCGCGAAAAUAUCUGUAACAUAAAGUGUACGUUGGACCUCUGAAAAGCCACGAGGCGAUAACAAUGGAACUAUAUUAGACGUUAUGGAAAACUGUUCAAAUUCAACACACAAAAAUACUUAUACUAUUAAUUCUGCUUUGUUUAUUGUGAUCUUAGGUAGAAGAACUUUAAUUCUACUUAUACUUGAGAGUAUUCUAACGAAUAGCGGAAUAUAUUCGAAUGCAAAUAAAAUCAGUAUUUAUCGUAAAAUGUAUAUCAAACAAAUUUAGCUCUAGUUUAACUCGAGAAAUGGAAAAAAUAACUCUCAAAUGAUUACUAUCGAUGGAAACGACAAAAAAGGAAAUAAAAACCCUGCUUAAGCAAUUACACUUUAGAUAGAACAAAAACAAAAACAAAAACAAAUACAAAAACACGAAUGCUAACUCAAGCAGAUCUUAGAAAAGUAUGUGUUAGAAUGUUGAAAUUAACUUUCACUUAGAAUUUCAUUUUCAUCGUUUAGCCAUAGAAAAUCAUCGAAAUCACUCCAAAUCAUAAAAAGAAAAAAAAUUGUAAAUAAUUAUGUAAAUCAAUGAUGGACUGCGUUCCACAAAAUUUCAACAGAACUACAAAUGAAACGUGUAGAGCAAUUGUUAAUACAAAGCACUCAGAUAAUAAUAAUUUUAAAUCAUAAAAUCAACUAAGUGUUCAAAUUGUACCCUCUAAUAACAACCGUUUGGCAGAAUAUCCGUAAACUCUUAGAAAACUGUCUGUAUCCUGGAUCAAUAGAGAAAAAAACCAAUCAACUCAAAACCGGUCGGUUUGUAAAAACGAAAACAAUUUCUUUCAAACUAAAAGAGUCAAUUUCGGGAAUAAAUGUAAACGGUGUAUUAAAGCAUAAAUCCAAAAACACAGAAAUGUAACGAAAUAUCUAACUAAUACCAAAUCAACCAACUCUUCAUGUGAAACAGUUGCUGAAGAAAUAAGCAGAAUAUGUUAAUUUCUGCUGACGAGAGAAAAAAAACGGUGUAUAUUAUAAUGAAUCCGAUUUGAAACAGUCGAGCUGCACAGAUUAGGACAAAUAAAUCUAUUGAAAUCGUAAAAUUUAAGGAGCGAAAAACUCCAGAAGCUCGGGGUAUGUCUAGAUUGAAGGAGGUAGAUUAAAAAUGAAAAAAAUAUGGAUGAAAGCAAUGAUUGAGCGAGAAAA